AUGGCAGACAUCGCGCCCAACAGGACCAAUACCACCGCGGCCAAUCAGAUGGGCAAGGGUGGAGGGACCAUUCAAUCCAAUGGCCUCGCAACCCCAGAGCCUACCCCUGGUCCGGAGGCCGAGCGGAUCGCUGCCGAUCAACUGCGUCAGAGUAUAGAAGUUUCAGAGCUUGAAAAGGUCCUCGGUAUCAAAGUUGACCGUCGUCUUAAUCAGGUGGAGGAGAUCAAGAAGAUCUACCUGGAAAAGGCCCCAAUAGCUGCUAAGAAUGAAAGCGAUUGGUCAGCACUGAUAACAGCAUGCGUGGCAACGGGGAUUAGCAAAGAGUGGAUAGAUGAAACAAACAAACAGCUCAAACUGAUCCCUAAUCAGACAAAUCCCAGCCAUACUUCAACGCUGCCUGGAGGAGCACAAUAUGAAAAAGCGAUGUCCCUAGAGGAGAUCGAGCAAAUCCUUGGUAUAAAGAAUAUUCCUGGCGUUGAUCAGCUCGAGGAGAUUAAGCAGAUCUAUGUGGCAAAGGCUCCACAGGUUGCUCAGGAUAAGGAGGCUUGGCAAAAACUACAGGCUGCAGUUGAGGCAUCGGGAAUUACCAGAGGCUGGAUAGAAGCAACAAAUCACGAGCUAAAAUUGAUCCAGGAUGAGAAAGAAGACGAGGAUAUGGAAGAUGAAGAGGCCACAUCCUUUAUCCAAGAAGUCUAUACACGCGUUACACCCACUAUGGAAAAGAUCUUGAGCGGUGAUGAUGACGAUAAGCUCCAUAUGGAAAUUCUAGAGGCAAACAAGGCUAUAGCAAGCUGGCAACAGAGCCAUCCCGACAAAGAGGACAUAGUCGACUUCAUCGACAUAAAGAGAAUUGAGGAGAUUGUGGUCAACGCCCAUUUCCAAGCUGCAAAGUUUGAAAAAGAUCCGACUAAUUCAAGAGCGAAAGAACAGUUUCAAAGCAGAGUGCAGGAACUGGCUGAGUUGGUUGAUGCCAGUUCUUAUCCCAGUACUUGGAUAUUGAAGCCACUGCCGGAAGCACCAAAGCCCCCGCCAUCUGGAGGUGAUGGCACUGCUCCUACAGGUACUGCUCCUACGGGUACUGCUCCUACAGGCACUGCUCCUGCCGGUGUUGCAGUUGGUGGUAUUACAGACAACGGCACAGGUAGAGGCGAAAUUGGUACGGACCCUUACGAAUUAAACAAACUGAAUGCAGGAAAACCGGGCUUUACUGAAGACGGAGAGAUGAUCAUGGGACAUAAGUUCAAGUAUUUCAGAAAGGGUGAUAAAAAAGGCCAGGUAUACAGCGGGCAACUCUUCGUCGCGAUUGGACCGCAAGCCUGCCCUCAUGUUAAGGUCCUUCCCCGUAAAGACUUUACCAAGAAUACAGUUGACGCGUAUCUGAGCUGCGCUCAUGCGAUGGAGGUUGGCGGAAGGUCUGAGAAAGAUGAGUUUGUCAAGAUCCUCUGUACCGCAGCCGAAUCUUGUGGACCGGAGCCUUUGAAAGAACCUGCAAUCUACGCCUUGUGCGAGCGGAAAGAAGGAAAUCCUAUCUGGACAUGGCGUACAGACCUUCAAGAUUGGGUAGAAAGUAAACGGGCCGCAGACAACUUGCUUCGGAAAUGCAUGGAACGAGAAAAGAAUGAAAGGGCCCAGUUCUAUGCAGCCCACGGCAUUAGGGAAGAACCAGAGAGCCGAGAUCGAGUAGAGGAUAAGCGCGCUCGCGUCUAUGGGAAAAAGGCCAACGCACCUUCGACUGAAGACAGGACCUUCCCAUUUGUUGGAGCGUCAGUCUCGCGAGCAAUCAAGGCCGAAGCGCAACCGGCAGUCAAGGUCGAAGCGCAGCCCGCAAAGGUAGAAGCGCAAGACGGAUUUGAUCCAACCAGCUUUCUUUCUGUUACUGCUUGGUAUGAGAAGAAGCAUAAUUUGAAGCUAGGUGCAGAUCCUGCAGAGCUGACGAAGCUGAUGGCUGCGUUUAAAACUAUUCAAGACGCGCUCAGCAUUUAG